UCUACAUCAUUCUUUCCCUCUCCCUCCCCCUCCCCCUCUGUAAAACCUCUCUGCAAAUCGGGAAAGGAAGAAAGCAAAUUCCUUCGAGCAAGAAUGGUAGGGUUCGAGGUAGGGGCAGUUCCCUUCAACCCAGAUGGAUGGGGUCCUCCUGAGACACCCGCUCCACUCCUCUCCAACCAUCCCAGCAACGUCCCCUUCGCUCCCUUCUCUCGCUCCGAGAAACUUGGCCGCAUUGCCGACUGGACUCGCAACUAUAACCCAUCUCGCAACAACCCUCGAAACCCCUCCGACGCUGUCUUUGAUUUCGCCCUUGACGAAUCCUCCGCUGCUCUCGCCGCUGAUGAUGAUUCCACCUUCCGCCUCGUCGACGGCAAGCCCCCUUCUCGCCCCAGGUUCGGCCCCAAGUGGCGUUUCCAACAGCAACGCCAGCUCCCUCAACGUCGUGACGAAGAAGUCGAAGCCCGCAAGCGCGAAGCUGAGAAGGAACGUGCCCGCCGCGACCGCCUCUACAAUCUAAACCGCUCCGGUGCUAACGUUCCCCGUCGUGAAGCUGCCGUCUUCAAAUCAUCCGUCGAUAUCCAGCCCGAAUGGACUAUGCUCGAUCAAAUCCCGUUUUCCACAUUCUCUAAACUCUCGUUCUCUGUUCCGGAGCCUGAAGACCUCCUUGUGUGCGGUGCUCUUGAAUUCUAUGACCGAACUUAUGACCGUGUUAAUCCUAAGAAUGAGAAACGCCUUGAGCGCUUCAAGAAUAGGAACUUCUUCAAAGUUACUACUACCGACGAUCCGAUCAUCCGCCGCCUUGCAAACGAGGAUAAAGCAACUGUCUUUGCCACUGAUUCGAUUCUUUCGACUCUGAUGUGCACCCCCAGAUCGGUUUACUCAUGGGACAUUGUCAUUCAGCGAGUGGGGAACAAGUUAUUUUUUGAUAAACGUGAUGGGUCGCAACUUGAUCUGCUUUCUGUUAACGAGACGUCACAAGAGCCAUUGCCCGAGGCCAAGGAAGAUAUUAAUUCUGCAUAUUCUUUGAGUGUUGAGGCAGCUUAUAUUAACCAGAAUUUCUCACAGCAGGUUUUGCUUAGGGAUGGGAACAAGGUGACCUUUGAAGAGCCAAAUCCAUUUGCCGCUGAAGGGGAAGAAGUUGCUUCUGUUGCUUAUCGCUAUCGGCGGUGGAAACUUGAUGAUGACAUGUAUCUCGUUGCACGGUGUGAGGUCCAGAGUGUCUCGGAUGUGAAGGGGCAGAGGUCUUUCUUGACGUUGAAUGCACUUAAUGAGUUUGAUCCCAAAUAUUCGGGAGUUGACUGGAGGCAAAAGUUGGAGACGCAGAGGGGAGCUGUUUUGGCUACUGAAUUGAAGAACAAUGCAAACAAACUUGCAAAGUGGACUGCUCAGGCACUGUUGGCAAGUGCGGAUGUAAUGAAGUUGGGAUAUGUUUCAAGAGUUCAUCCCCGGGAUCAUUUUAACCAUGUCAUCUUAUCUGUUGUUGGAUAUAAACCAAGGGAAUUUGCGACCCAGAUCAAUCUGAAUACUUCAAACAUGUGGGGGAUUGUUAAGUCCAUUGUUGAUUUGUGCAUGAAAUUGAAUGAAGGAAAAUAUGUUCUGGUUAAAGACCCAUCAAAACCACAAGUUAGGAUUUAUGAGGUUCCUGCAGAUGCAUUUGAGAAUGAUUAUGUGGAGGAACCAUUGCCAGAGGAGGAACAGGUGCAACCCCUAGCUGAAGAAGAUGGAAAUGAUGGUGAGGCUAUUGCUUCUACGAAUGGUGUGGAAGAAAAGGAGAUAAAUGCUGAGGUUUAAGGGAUAUUAAUAGAUCGUUAUUAUGACGUAUGAUUGAGGAUAUUGAAGCUAGGUACCUCAGUCUCUGGCGGAGUUAGGAUGGCUUGCAUAUCUUUGUUUUUGAGCUAAAUGCUUUAAAUUUUCCAUUUUUUUUUUUAUUUCAUCCACCAUAACUAGGAAGAGGAAUAGGGGACCAUAUUUUGUUGUCUUUUGUUAUUUCUCAUUUAUUUAUUUUUUGUGUACCUGAAGGUGGAAUUUUCAGACUCAGAGAGCUAAUACAAAAGAUUUUUAGUACCA